UAAUGAGAACUUUCUUUAUUUAUACUUAUAGGAUAUUGAUGUUAUGAUGGUUGAUCUCGAAUAUGUAAUAGUUCCUUAAAGUGAAAUUGUUAGAUAGUUUUGUACUAAUCUAUUUAGAACAAUUUCCAUAUAACGAAAUAAGACACUAAAAUUCAAUAUUUUAGUAUAAAUUAUCAGUUACUGUAAACUCUUUUUUCCUAAUAAACCCAUCUCUAUUAAGCGGCAAAAAUUUAGGGAUGCGUAUAUAUAAAAUAAACCGUGAACUAGAAACUGUUAUGUGAUCAUAUAAAAUUAAUUAAAUUUCUAAUAAAAAUAUAAGGAAAUAAUAUCAAUAGAAUAUUGAUGUAUAUGUUAUGGUGGGUGUAAUUAUUCCUUGAAGUGAAAUUGUUUAAUAGUUCUAUAUAAAUCUAUUUGGCACGAGAGAAAAUAGAAAAAAUAAAUUUUGAAAUAAUUGGCGAGUUGUGAAAAUCAUGAUAUAGACACUGGACACAAUUCUGGGUAUGUUCUGUGACACAACCUAAAUACUCCCGAUCUCUAUAAACCAGUUACUUAAAAGCUUAAAGAUAUGGAUAUAAAAUGAGCUGUGAAUUACAAACUGUUACGUGAUCUUACUUUCAAAAUGAAUGAAAAUUUCUAAAUAAUACAUAGAAUAAACAAAUAGUGAAAUAAUACGUCUCGCUAAUUUUAUUUCUACGUAGAACUGUUACUAAAAAAUUGUUGUGUUGAUAAAAAUUUUCUUUAUUUAGGAUACUGAUAUACAUAUGUUACCCUCAAUACAAUAAGAGAUGGAACGAUUUCGUUUCGUAGUUAUAUGUAUGAAGUUACGACAACUGUUUGAUAAGUUUAACCUUUCAGGAACAUAUGUUUUAUUAAACCGUACGUCCGCGAUCAUUUAGUAAUUCCCGGGGUUGUACAAAAUUACAUUUAUUGAUUGUAAUGUUUUGAAAUAGAAAUUUUAGGGUACCCGAGUUAAAAUUAAGUGAUUUGACUAAUUUACCUUGUUUAUCGCGUUGCCAAGCACAGUAAAACGAAGUGCUUCCAAAAGGACAAGAGUUCUUUAUUAUACUUAAGAAUUUGCUAGGAUUGUUAAGGGAUAAUGUAGGGAAAAAAGUAUUAGACAGGAAAAGACAGUAUGGAUGAGAUAAUUUUAAAAUGGAAUAUGGAGGGGAGUAUCACAAAGGAUUACAAACAGUAAGAGCGCUGCAUCAAACAGUUGUUGCAUUGAGGGCUGCUCUAGAAGAAAGUAAAACUGAAAUAUUGGAAUUGAAAAGCAAAGUAUGGCCUAUAGAUUCCGUUCAAGAAGCUUUUGAAAUACUGUCAUUGGAAAAUCAAAGUUUGAAACGAAAAUUAUUAGAAGCUGAGUUGAAAAAAACUGAAGAUAAUGGGCAUAAUAAGGAAGAAUUAAAUAAAUUUGACGCUGUAGAAGACGAAACCGGUUCUAAUCAAGAAAGUUCAACAACAACCCCUAGAAGUUUGUUGAAUGAUGAUGUAGGAGAACCAAAAAUUAAAAAAGUGACAAUAGUAACACCAAAAGUGAGUCCAAAAAGAACCCGUAACAUAGAAGCAAGGAUAUCUAUAAAAUCGGAAACGACCAGUCCCAGAAAUGUAUCCAGAUCAUUAGAAAGUCUAACAAUACUGAAAUCUCCUUUAGAUAAAUUGUCAUUUUCAAAAACCUUCAGUUUUUCUAAUUUAUCCAGUCAAAUAAAUCGCGAAUUCAACGUAGAUAUAAAUGAAGAAAUGAGUAACAAGAAUACUGAACAGUAUAAUAACAGUGUGGAUGAGCAAGAUGGAGAUUCGAGUCCUCAAAAUGAUCAGGAUCAAACUGAAGAAGUCGAUGAUAUCGAACUGAUAUUUACUACAGACGAUACCAAAGAUUCAGAUUUUAAGGAGCAACUGGUUUCCAUAGAUGCCAGAGAGGGAGUGGCUCAAACGUCUAAUCAAUUGCAGUUACCUUUAAGCGAAAUGGAUCAAAGUCUUUCGGAUCGCGAGGAAAUGGAAGACGACGUGUUCAACGAUAAUUUCGAAAAUGAGAAUCAAGAAAAUUCAAAUUUUCAAUCGUUCGAUAUGAAAAGAGAUAAUUCACAAUUGUGCGAUUCUAGAUCUGAUAAUUCGAUUAAUCAAGAAAAGAGCUUAAAAAGUUAUUAUUCUUUACAAGAUUCUAGUUUUGAGAACAGAUCUUUGGAAAAGGAUGAAAGUUUCGAUAGAUUUGAGGAGAGGAUUCGAAUUGUGGAGACUGAUAUUUCUAAAUGUGGGAUACACGAUGUGGAAUAUGUCGUAGGAAGACGAAAUACUUGUCCUAAUCCGUUGCAGUACAAACCACUCUUACACAGGGAAGCCCUUUCGAAAGGUUUAGGUCCUACUAGAAAAACAAGACCGAUUUUGACGCAUUCCAACGCUAUUAGGAAAGAUUCUGGAGCUCAAACUGAUAUUUCUGCCCUUCCCGGGUCUUAUUGGAGAUCAGAAAGUAGUUUAGCAAACAAGGCAAGAUUAGGUGAAAAUUUCACUACUUUACCUUCGAAAUUACCACUACCGGGUUCUCGGUUACGUUUAUCCGAAAAAACUGUGGAAGCUCGACGUGUUUUACUAUCAGACAUCGGUUUUACCAGCAUGGUACCUGAACUAUCUCGAUCAGCGGAUCAUUUAUUUCCACCGACUCUGAGACCAACAGGCGGAGUGGCGCCUAUUUACGGACAAUUUCUUAAAACCACCGAUCUUUAUUCUCCAGCUUAUACGUCGCAGAAGUUCACUUGGAGUGCGACAACCGCUUCCCCGAGCGAAGGCAGUCAGUCUCAUUCCCAUUACAACAGUAUGUACCCGUUGACGUCGCUUCCGAUACCAUCAAGAAGAUGCUCGGCUCCGGUAUCUCCAUCUAGAAGAGGCUUGUUGAAACACACGCCUUCCAAAGUUAGAUUUGCUAAUGGUUCGUUGCCGGAAUUGAGAAGCGAUUGGACCACUAUCGACAGCGGAGAUUCCACAGAUAGUUUAGUAGAAGAAGCCGAGAAUUAUCUGCGGAGAUCCAUCGAUUGUAUCAUAGGCAGAGAAAAUUCUUCUUCAAGUUACAGUGUUUCUAGGCCUAAAACGGGUGUAAGACGUGCAUCUGCUCCUGAACCGUCUGGUGAUAAUGUUUCUCCUCCAGGAUGGUUACCGUUUUUACCGAGAGUUUCCAGGGACCUAAAGUUGGACAAUUGGGUGAAAGUUAUUACGUCGGAGGGAAGAGUUAAAGGCGGUAGGGUGAGGUAUAUAGGACCUGUUCAUUCCCAAACCGAACAGUUUGUUGGAGUACAGUUGAGCUGUCCGGAUGGGUACUGUGAUGGAACUUAUAAUAAUAGGAGAUAUUUUCAAUGUGAGCCGUAUCAUGGUAUAUUCGUUCCUUUCAAGAAGGUAAUAAUGGGCUGGCGUCCGUAGUGAAUAUAUUAGUAAAUAUAUGUGUACAUCUUGGUCUUUAUAUUAACUUCAUUAUGAUCUCACUACUGUAAACUGAUUUAUGAGAGUUCAGCGAUUCCAUUGUCAAUGUUAAGGAUUUUUUUCGACUCUGUGUUGUUAUAUAAAAUUAUUUACAAUAUGCGGCAAAGUCAAGUAACAUUUUUUAGAUAAUAUACGCAGGGUAUUGAAAAAAUUCUCAAAAUUGAAUGAUCUUGUAACAAUGUUCUAAUUUAUUUUGCUAAUAUUAAUAUUUCGCCAAUUAUAUGCAAUUUUUAAUUAAAAAACGAAAACAAACAUUAAAUGAUCUCUACCUAUCUAUAAGCCAAGUCUUAUGGUGAUAAAUAAUUUACAUUAAUUAUAAAUAGAAUAAAAAUUCCAAAAAAGUUGACUUUACAUUUUUUCUUAAAAAACUGACCAAUUUAGUCAUCGAUUUAAUGAAUAUUUGUCUAUAAAAAUAUUUUUUCUUCAAUUUUUCGAACCUUUUAUGUAUAUUUGUUUCUAAAUCUUGUUUAUUUUAGGUCUUUGCAGUUUUCAAAUAAGUUUUUUUAUAAUUUUUGAUAAACAGAUAAAAAUGUUACGUUUCAACUACUUUCAUUCUUUAUCAAAAUAUUUUCUUUAUUCAAAAAUAAUGUCGUGUAAAAAUUACUUGAGCCAAAAAAUAAUGAUAAUGUAGGCCUAGUUAUUCCCUAUCAAAAGUUUCUGUCAUAUUGAAUUAAACUGUGUUAUUUCUUAAAAAAAAGUGAAGAAACAUAUUUAUGUAAUGAAAACGACUUUCCAGUAGUUGUAAUGAAUGUUACAGGGCAUACAAUGAAUAUUGUAAUAUAUACAUAUCUGUUUAAAAAUAA